AUGAAGACUUUUUAUGUGAUUAAGCAUAAUCAAAUAGUAAUCAAAACCCGAAUUUUGAAAUUUGGAUCUGAGGUUUAGGGUUCCACAAAAUUAAAAUCGUUUAAAUUUCGUCACGAUCGUUGAGAAGAGCUUCGAUCUUUAGCUUUUCAAUUUGGAGGGAAAAUCCAAACGGAGCUCGACUUGAAGGAAUCUUUAUCAAGUUUUAAUUUCUUGGAAAGAAAUGAGCACUAUGAUUAAUAGAACUCCAAAAUCGGGGAGACAAUCGUUGUUUUUCCAAGACUUGGCUUCAUCGGUCUCUUCCAGGCAAGGGAAAUUCUUUAGUCCAGGUCAAGCAGCAGCAGUCUCGGCUUUACGGGGAGAGAAUUCUGGUGGCUCGAAUCUUCCGCCUCCUCCUAUGUACACCUUGGAGGACCGUGCAGAUAUUUCGCCUGAAUACAGGGGAUUGGAUUAUCCUAUUUCUCCUGAAAACAAGUCGGAUCCAAGAACUCCGGUCCAAAGCUCUGGACGUGACUUCUCUACUCCUGCAAAGAGCAAGUCAGGGGCCAACACUUCAUUUGCUGUACUUAAUGGACAGCAUAGUCAGCAGGGUGCAGCGAGCUUGAGUUGGUGGUCACCCAAGGCAAGUGGCAGUGAGCAGGAUGACAAGGGAAAGGGCUCUCCCGUUGAGAGCAUGGUUCAGCCUGGUGCUUUGAUCACACUUCCGCCUCUGAGGCAAGUUGCCAGGCCAGAGAUACAGAAUACUUCCAUAGCUGCUGGAAAUCUGGAUGAGGAAGGUUGGGUUACUGUCUAUGGAUUCUCUCCAGCUGAUACAAAUUUAGUUUUACGAGAAUUUGAAAAGUGUGGUGUGAUAUUGAAACAUGUUCCUGGUCCAAGGGAUGCUAACUGGAUGCACAUUCUUUAUUCAAAACGAUCCGAUGCUCUGAGGGCACUUGGCAAGAAUGGAAUGCAAAUAAAUGGAGUACUAAUUGUUGGUGUGAAGCCGGUGGAUCCAAUGCAACGCGAGGCUUUAAAUGAAAGAUUGAAUAAUCAGGGUUUCCUGACUUUACCCUCAACAACAAGUAGAACAUCAGAGCUGAACAACUUCCGGCCACCUCACUCAUACCAUCUUCAGAAUGGCAAUGGCAAUGCACGACAGUCGGGAGGUCCUUUGGCGAGCCCUACAAAAUCAUUAGGUAACAAAGUCAUGGAGUACUUGUUUGGAUAUUAGAAUCAUCUCCACACCUGCCCACGUUUUCAUUAGGGCUCAUUAUGGUGCGCGUGACCGUUUUCCUUCCGGAUAUUCAUUCCGAUGACGGAACAUAUAAUUUUCAAUAAAAGUAGAGAGUUUCAAUAUAUAAUUCCAUCUCAA